AUGACCUGGGGCGGCUCUGGGAGCCGGCUGCCGCAGGAGGUCUGGGGGGUUCCGCCGGCCCGCCGAGAGGUGCGGGGUGGUCCCGCCUCGGGGUCGGGGUACGGGCGGGCGGCCGGUGGGCCCGGGUUCGCGAGGUCCCGGGGUUCAAGCGGGGUCCGGGGACGCUGGGCCGCCCCGCGGGGGCGGAUGGAGAAUUUGGCACCUUAUUUUAUUUCUGAGCCACUGUCUGCUGUCCAGAAACUUGGAGGCCCUGUAGUCCUCCAUUGUUCUGCUAAACCGGUGACCGCUCAUAUCACAUGGCUGCACAAUGGAAAACGAUUGGAUAGAAACUUGGAACAGAUUAAGAUUCAUCAGGGGACUUUGACUAUUCUUUCUUUUAAUCCCUCUCUUUCGGGGUACUACCAAUGCAUUGCCAACAAUAGUGUUGGUGCAAUUGUGAGUAGCCCUGCAACAGUAUCCACUGCAGUUCUUGGUGAUUUUGGUUCAUCAACAAAGCAUGUUAUUACAGCAGAAGAAAAAAGUACUGGUUUCAUUGGCUGCAAGGUUCCAGAUAGUAACCCUAAAGCUGAGGUGCGCUAUAAAAUCCGAGGAAAGUGGCUGAGACAUUCCACAGAGAAUUACUUAAUCCUUCCAUCAGGAAAUCUUCAGAUUUUGAAUGUAUCCUUAGAGGACAAGGGAUCAUAUAAAUGUGCAGCUUUUAACCCUGUCACACAUGAAUUAAAAGUCGAACCCAUUGGCCAAAAGCUCCUUGUGAGUCUUAAGACCCUCUACCAGCAAAAGAUUACGACUCGCUUUAUUGUGCCUACUGGCUUUACUGUGGUGAUCUAUGACCGAGCCCACAGUACCUCCGAGGUAUGCCUGAAAAGAUAA